ACCACACUCUGAUGCUUGUGCAAGAAUGUGGCUUGAAGCCCAAAGCUGGGAUCUGGAUCUCAACUUCUACGGAGCUUGGUUGAGCUUUUGAGAGUGAUGGCACAAAAAUGGCUCUGAGUUCAAAUGGCUGGGUCCAGCCCUUGCUUUCCCAAUGUCAGGAACUUGCACCCUCAGUGCAGGGCCAGAGCUACACCUCCUUCUGAGGCUCACCAAGCAGUAAAUGAGCUUGUUUCUCCUGGUGCUGUGCUAACAGGGUAAAUCCUACCUGAAGUCAACCGUGCAAGUGCAAGAGGGGUUUUUCUCUGUGGCAAGAGUCUUGUUAAAGAUGGAAGUUCUCACUGUAGACCAACACAUCCCACUUUUGUGAGCAGAUUUCUCCUAGCAUGCUGAUGACUUGUGUAUGACACAGGUAAUUGGAACUUCAGGACUUCCAAGUCAACUGACCCAAGACUCUACCCUUCCACUAAAAGAACUAUCGGCAGUGCAAGAUGUAAUCCAAUUUGUGGACAAGCUCCUGGGGCAAAUAGGACUCAAGAGUUGCGCUGGAAACAGAAGAUAGAGGGAGUGUAGGAGCUCGCCAUCUCCAAGCGAUCUACAUUGGGAAAAACAUGGAGUCCGCUCCGGCAGCCCCCGAUCCAGCAGCCAGUGAGCCGGGCAGCAGCGUCUCCGAGGCGGCCGCCGGCGCCAGGGACACCCCGGUGAACCUGGAGCCUGCCCGGAAAAGCGAUGCGCCGGCUCCUGUCCGCAGGCAGAGCUACUCCAGCAGCAGCAGCAGAGGUAUUUCUGUAACAAAGAAGACUCAUACAUCUCAAAUUGAAAUUAUUCCAUGCAAGAUCUGUGGAGACAAAUCAUCAGGAAUCCAUUAUGGUGUCAUUACAUGUGAAGGCUGCAAGGGCUUUUUCAGAAGGAGUCAGCAAAGCAAUGCUACGUACUCCUGUCCUCGUCAGAAGAACUGUUUGAUUGACCGAACUAGUAGAAACCGCUGCCAACACUGUCGAUUACAGAAAUGCCUUGCUGUGGGGAUGUCUCGAGAUGCUGUAAAGUUUGGUCGAAUGUCAAAAAAGCAGAGGGACAGCCUGUACGCGGAGGUGCAGAAACAUCGAAUGCAGCAGCAGCAGCGAGAUCAUCAGCAGCAACCAGGAGAGGCAGAACCACUAACACCAACAUACAAUAUCACCACCAAUGGGUUAACAGAGCUACAUGAUGACCUCAGUAAUUACAUUGAUGGGCAUACCCCUGAAGGUAGCAAAGCAGACUCUGCAGUUAGCAGCUUCUACUUAGACAUACAGCCUUCUCCAGAUCAGUCGGGUCUUGAUAUUAAUGGAAUCAAACCAGAACCAAUAUGUGACUACACACCAGCAUCGGGCUUCUUCCCUUAUUGUUCUUUUACAAAUGGGGAGACCUCUCCAACUGUGUCCAUGGCAGAAUUAGAACAUCUUGCACAGAAUAUUUCCAAGUCACACAUGGAAACUUGCCAGUACUUGCGAGAGGAGUUACAGCAGAUAACAUGGCAGACUUUUCUGCAGGAAGAAAUUGAGAACUACCAGAACAAGCAAAGGGAGGUAAUGUGGCAGUUAUGUGCAGUCAAAAUAACAGAAGCUAUACAGUAUGUAGUGGAAUUUGCCAAACGCAUUGAUGGCUUUAUGGAACUGUGUCAAAACGAUCAAAUUGUGCUUUUAAAAGCAGGGUCUUUAGAGGUUGUGUUCAUCAGAAUGUGCCGUGCCUUUGACUCCCAGAACAACACAGUCUACUUUGAUGGCAAGUAUGCUAGCCCAGAGGUUUUCAAGUCCUUAGGUUGUGAAGACUUCAUUAGUUUUGUGUUUGAAUUUGGAAAAAGUUUAUGUUCUAUGCACCUGACAGAAGAUGAGAUAGCUUUGUUUUCUGCGUUUGUUUUAAUGUCGGCAGAUCGCUCAUGGCUUCAGGAGAAAGUAAAAAUUGAAAAACUCCAACAGAAGAUCCAGCUAGCACUUCAGCAUGUCCUACAGAAGAACCACCGAGAAGAUGGAAUUCUAACAAAGUUAAUAUGCAAAGUGUCUACUUUAAGAGCACUGUGUGGACGACAUACAGAAAAGCUUAUGGCAUUUAAAGCAAUAUACCCAGACAUUGUACGACUUCAUUUUCCUCCACUUUACAAGGAGUUGUUCACUUCAGAAUUUGAGCCAGCGAUGCAGAUUGAUGGGUAAAUGUAUCACCUAAGCACUUCUAGAAUGUCCGAAGUACAAACAUUAAAACAAAAGAAAGGAAAAAAAAAAAAAAAAACCCAGAAAAAAAAGACAGAAAACCAAGACACUUUAUAUGGCCCUGCACAGACCUAGGGAGCCAACAUACUGCACAUCUCUUGGCGGUCGGGGUCAGGCAAAGGAUGGGAAACAAUGAAACAAAGUUGAACUUGUUUUUCUCAUGCAUAUGAUUUCCAUUAUGCCUACAAAUAUGGACCCUUUUUCUGUCUCAACUUCUCAAUCCUUGACCUCUGUUUACACAGACUGAGGGUACUAAUGUCAGAAGGUUGUUUUCUCUUGUAGUUCACUGCCCAGACUUUUGACAGAACAAUCAAUUUGUUGAUCAGAACAGAGAGUCCACCUAGUAAUCAGCGACUGGUGUGCAUUGCAGAGAUUUCAGCAUCAGUUUGCACAACUUGCUCAUUGUUUCAUGAAGGACGAUUUUUUUCACCUACCACUGUUUGCCAGUAGACAGAACGGCAUGAAAAGGGUCCAUAGCAAUAGCAACAAUAGCAUUAUAAUAUAUUACAGGGUAAAUGGGCAUGAAGACUAUAUAUAGCAAAAGAGAUAUUGUUUAUAUAUUGUUUUAAUUAAUAUAAAAUGUAGUUACUGGUAUAGCUUUUCUUGUUGAAUUGAUAAGGCACUUUCAUUUUGCACCUUUUUCUUUAAAUUAAAUGCUAGCGUGUUCAUUGUUGUGUUGCAUGUGCACCAGAAAUUCAAGUUUAACUGAAAAAGGUUUGGCAGGUACUGGUACAUUGGGAGGUAUUUAUGCUGCUGUUUUCCAUGUUACUUUUAAAGAGAGGCUGGUCAUAUCCUGAAAUGGUUACAGAUUUUUUUAAAGAGUUGAAAAUAAUGACAAUUUUCUAAAUUAAAAUCAGCUUUUCAGCUGUUAAAUUCAAAGGUACUUUUAUUUUCAAAUUUUUCAAACCUGGAUGUUUAAAAUUACAUGCCUAAAUUCAAAUUUAGGUGCACAAGUCAAAAGCCUCAUUUUCAAAGCUGCUGAGUUUCCAUGGUCAAAGUUAAACUAAGCAAUUACAGAUCAUUUACAAAUAAGUAACACAGCAUCCUUGAAAAUCAGGCUAUUAAAUAAAGUGUAUUUCUGCCCACUGUAAA